UUUUUUCUUUUUUUUCUUUUGAAUACCAUAGUAUGCCGCCAGUCAAAAGAUCAAAAGAUGGUUGUCCUUUAUGUGAAUCCCCUAUUGAAGAAUACCUUAUCCACUUUGAUACAAAGAUAAUCAUGUGUGAAAAUGUCAAGUGCUCAUAUCCUUUCAACUCUAACGAUGCUACUCGGUUUGUGGUACAAGUAGGUGAUGGCAAUGCUAGUAUAAAGAGUAGGAAAAGGGCAAAACCAAUGUCUGAUCGUACUCAAAAAUCUGUGAACGGUAAGAAGCAAGAAACUACAUAUUCUUUGACUUCUCCUAUUGAACAGAAAGAUAAACCUCUUGUUUUGGCUCUUCCUAGUAAGUCCAUUUCCAAGGGCUCCCUCUUAGCUCCAACUCUUCCGACAAUGACUUCAAAACUAAAUCAUGAUCUUGCUGCUAAAAAGCUCCCCACUCGACCCCAGCAAACAGUUAUGACAACAACAUCAACAAUAGCAACAACAGGAACGGCAACAGUGGAUGGUAUAAAAUCUGGUAUAUUAUCACCACCUGCACUAUUACCAGAGACUACCUGUCAACAACCUCCAUCAAAAAACAACUAUACUCUGGCCGAUAUUGAAUUGUUACUUAAUGAUGGAGAUGAAGAUAGUGGAUCAACUGUAGUGACACCAAAAGAGGACGCAACAGGAAUGAAUACAAUGGUUUGGCUUGACGACUUAUUUCAAGAUCAAGAACACCACAGUAGUGACCACAAUAUCAAAUGCAAUCCCUUACAAACAAAUCAAGACUUGGACUCUUUUCUUGGUAUAUCCUUAUUUCAGUGACCUGCUCCCAUUAUUAGUUAAUUAUUAGCAUUAUUCAUUUCUAUAUUCCCUAUCAUUGUUUUAUUUCCUCAUCUUACUAUUCACACACUGUAUAUACUUAAAAAAAAGUUUAGUAUCCUUUUCUUCAUACAAUAUUACUUCGUUUGAAUGACAAGGAAAUAAAAUC